AUGCUGGUGAAGAUUGAAAACCGUCUUUUUUGGGCUUUGUCUCAGCCAUUUCAGGACGGAGUCUACUACCCCUACACCAGUGACGCCCAGGGGACCCAAUCAUCAGCAGGGAUCCCCUCCCUUCUCAAUUCUCCCCUCAGCCAGCCGUCCCUGAACGGCCACGCUGCCUCCGCGCCGGGGAUGACUCCGUCCAGCGGAGCCUCCGCCGCGCUCCCCUUCAAGUUCCGCCCGCGCCGGGAGAGCGUGGACUGGCGGCGGAUCAACGCGGUGGACAUCGACCUGGUGGUCAGCCAGCUGGACGUGGACGCCCUGCAGGAGCACAUCAGCACGGUGACCUUCUGCAGCCUGGAGGGGGAGCGGUGCCAGCGCUGCCAGAGCCCCGUGGACCCGGCCCUGCUCAAGCUCCUGCAGCUGGCCCAGCUCACCGUGGAGUGGCUCCUGCACUGCCAGGAGUUCCUCAGCCUCAACCUGCGGGCGGCCGAGGAGAGGCUGCUGGCGGCCGGCCGGGAGCGCGAGCAGCUUCUGGGUCAGCAGAAGAAGCAGGAGGACAAAGUCAAGGAGCUGACUGCCGAGCUCAAGCAGCGGAAGAAGGUUAUUCGCACGCAGCAGUCCCUGCUCGCGCCACGGAUCAUCAGCAGCCAGAAGUGCCCACACUGUGAUAAGUCCUUCCUCAAUUCCUCCUUUCUUCAGAAUCACAUGCAGCGGCGGCAUCCUGAUGAGUAUCAGACCCAGCUGCAGUCCGACGGUGAGAAGAAGUCUCAGAUCGACAGCCUGAAGUCGGAGAUCAGCGGUCUGAAGGAGCAAAUCGUCCAGCAGCAGCAGGCCCUGCAGGCCAAAGUGGCUCAGGAAAAGGAGCAGCAGUCCCUGCACAAAGACCUGCUCCGAGAGCUGGAGCGCUUCAAGGCGGAGGAGAUGGCCCGCAUGGACAGGAAGAUAGAGGACAGCAGGGACGGCAUGCGCAGGGAGAUGGAAUUUCUUUACAACCGAAACAUCCAAGCCCUCAACGUACGAGAUGGGCUCCCCCCGCCUUUCGAUGCCUCUGUGCCUCUUCCCUCUCCUAACGGCCGCCGUUUUCAUUGGCAGGACGUCAAUCAGAGCCAGUCGGCCAGGCAGGAGAAAGCGGUCAGCCCCGUGAGCUCGCAGCCGGAGAGGGACGUGGACGUUUAUAAAGAGAUGCAGCUGCAGGUCGUCCAAAAGCUGCAGCAGCAGAUGAAAAAGCAGGAUAGAAAGUGGCAAUCCAUGCUGCAGGAGUUAAAGACCCAGCACGAGUCCGAAAAGAACCAGCUGCUGGACGAGCUGAGCAAGAUGCGCUCGUCCCUGUCGGAGCACCAGGAGCGCAGCCAGAGGCAGCAGCAGGAGAUGGGGAGGAGGCUGCAGGAGAAGGAGCAAACCAUCAAAGCUCAGAGGGAGCAGGUCAGCACUCCAACGCUCACUGUAAUCCCCCCCCACCCCCCACCGGAGAGGAAGCCAGGCGGGGCGUCAGCCCUCUGGUGGCUGCAUCGGUUCCUGAGCCCAAACCAAAGCGGGUUGUACUCGGUGAGUGUCCGCUUCGAGCACCCUGUUAUCAGGAUGAGGUUGUGCUUCCGUGCAUGGGGGAUGUACCAGAAUUGGGCUCUGACAGCACACUCUCACAAAGCAAUGCGGACCCCAUGUGGCCUUUUUUCUUUUAACGCCUGUUUCGUUGGCUCCCACUGGCACGCCGCCCGAUUAGAGGAGCCGGCCUCCGCUCUUAAGCUGGAGCCUAUACAGGAGUUGUCAGAGGAGGAGAAAGACUCCAGCAGCAGCAUCUCCGAGAGGAGGCGUACGGAGAAGAAGCCCGAGCCUUUAGGAGAGAAGAAACAGCGCGGCACGGCCGGCGUUCUGAAAAUAAAUAACCCCAACAUCAAGAGGGAGAUGCGUCCAGAGAUCGAGCACACCCUCAUCAGGAAGCUGGAGAGCCUGGGGGUCAAGCCUGAUCAGAGCGGUCUGAAGAACAAAGAGCUCACGUCGGUUCUGGCCAAAAUGCGCUCCAAAAGCGCGGCAAAGACCACGCCCGAGUACUGGCGGCGGCGGGAGGAGAUAGCCAGCGCGCUGGAGCAGAAGCUGGGCGGUGACCCCGCCGUGCAGCCAAAGGCCAGACCCAAACCGCCCGUUCAAGUGCUUCAGAUCCGCCCCCGAUCCAGCAGCCUGCCCUCCAGAGGCAGCCACCUGGCUUCUGGGCCCGCCGUCAAACAGCCCAAGACCCCUCAGCCCGCGCCCAGGACCAGAACCAGCGCCCAGCCCAAGACCUCCACACCGGUCACCAAAACGGCUUUCACCAGCAAGUAUGAAAACACACCUCAUUCUGUGUUCCCUCCAAAGCAGACACCUCCCUUUAGUUCAGAUGAAGAAUCUGAAGAAGAGGAGGAGUCGUCGGACACAGAGGAGGAGCAGGAGCCCAAACAGCAAAGGGGCACGUCAUCAAAGCCCAGAUUAAACCAGGCCACUCCCGUCCAAAUCAGAGCAAACAAAGCCAGUCUGGUCCUGACCAGGCAGGCCGCGGUCGGACAUCCCUCCGCCGCCAGGCCGCAGCAGCCCUGGACGCCGGCGGCCGCCCUGACCCGGACCGCCGUCACAAAGAUGGAGAGCGAGGAGGAAGAGGAAGAGGAGGAGGAGGAGUGGUCAGACAUUAGCGAGCUGCAGGAAAUUGACCCAAAGGAGCUGCAGGUUUACAAAGACCAGAAUGGAAAUGUGGAGAAGAAGAGGCACGGCAAAGAGAACAAAAUCAGCGAGCUGGCUCGAAAAAUGGAGAAGCAGUUCACAGACAGGUCGGCGAAGAAACCAGCAGGGGGCGUGAGCGUCCUGCCCGAGAAGAAGGACGAAGUCCAGGAGCUGUCGUUCACAGACCUGGAGGAGAGCAGCGACUGGCUGGUGUCCUCCCUGGAGGACAAGCAGCUGUCCGCGCCCCAGAGGAAGAGCCUGGACACGCCCAGCACCAGCGUGUGGGGAACCUCCACCGGGAAGGGACCCAGAUCAGGUCUGACUGAAGCGGGAACAGGAAGCACCCUGAAGAGCAGCCUGUGCUCCCUCAGCGACAUCAGCGACUCCGAGCAAUAA